AAAUGGAAUACCGCAACUUUAAUUCUACUGAUUAUCUACGGAGGAGGGGAAUUAACUCUGAAAGGGAAGGGGCAGGCUGAUAUUCUCCAAUCUUUAGUAAUAAUGACUUAUACAACAAGAUCAGUCAUCGACUUAUUCAGUCUGGAGAGACCUCUCUCAGACAAAGAGCAGAAGAACCCAAAAAUGAGAAUAAGGGUAAAUUUGGAAAUAGGAAGAAAUUUGCAGCUAAAUUGAUAUUUUGAGUGGUCAGGACGAUUAUGUGCAAAAGGGCUUUAAAUAAAAUUAAGGAAUGUGAAGGAACCUCCAGGAGAAAAUCCUAUAGUCAAGUGAAAAGAGAUCACUUAGAGAUAGAUUUUUAACAAAACAGGAGUACUUCAGAGGGAACAUAGUUGUGCAAGGCUAAGAGAGCCUUAUAAUAAUGCUAUCAAAACUCAUAAUUUUUCAAGGAAUGAGCAAUGAAGAUUGUCUUCCCAAAGAAUUAAUUGUAAUACUCCUUGGGAGCCUUAUAAGACAGCUUCAAAUAGUUCAUUUCUUCAGAAAAUUGAAAAUUAUUCAUCCUAUGAUCAUAUAAUGAGCUCUUCAAGACCAUUCUCAAUGACUUAUUCAACCAAUAUAACUAAGCUGGGUACUUCGCAAACUCCAAUAUCUCAACCUCCAAAUUGCGAAGAAAAAUAUUUUCUUCCAGUGAAAGGUAAUAUAGAAAAAUUGGAUCAAAGGGAAAGAAUUAAAUCUGGAGAAGGAAUAAUUAUAUGCAAUUCAGAAGCCCCCAGAAAGCACUCACAGCAAAAAUCCUCAAAAGAACUCACAAGCAAAAGAAUCUCCACUCUAAAGCAAGAUCUCAGACAUAAAGACAACGUUAACAGAGCUUUAAAAUAAAAACUACAAAUCUCUUGAGAAGAAGUACGCCAAACAGAAAUAAACUCAACCACAAACUCCUUAAGUCAUACGAAAAGUACAUUCAAAAUUCUAAAAUUUCUUCGAUCAAGCGUCUUCUUUGCCACAAAGCGCGAAGCCAGCUUCGCGCUUGCUUCGCGAAGUGGAAGUUGCACGCUUGAGUUUUGAAUUUUAUUGAAGCGACUUUUACGAAUGUCCAGAAUGGACAUAAGGAAGGUCAGAGUUGGCCGAAGUUUCCGAAUGAGUGAGCAAGCAUCUCGAAAGAAUCCAGCAUUUCUAUGCUGGAAGACACUGAGAUACAGAACUUUACUCAGUACUUCCAACCAGGGAGGGGCUUACCCUCCCUGGUUGGAAGAGAGAGUGAAGGGAAGCCAUCACAGUUGGAAGCUGCAAGUAGGCUGAUUUAUCACACAAUUUUGUAUCAGACCAAAGCAGAAUUUAAUAAGAAAAAGUACGCAUUCAAGUAUUGGAAAGUUAUUGCUAAGGAAAUGAAAAGGCAAGAAGAAGGAAUUGAAAAUGAUAAAGAGAAUUUUGAACAAGAGAAGGGCAACAUAAAGCCACGAUGAGAGAAGGAUGGGUUAGAGCCAAAGGUGAAAGCUCAUACCAAGCAGUUCACUUUUAUGAAUUCUGAUGAUUUCAAGUAUACAGCUGAUCAUUUAACACAGGUUUCUCUGAAAUUGACUAACCAAGAUCAAAUGAUAAAUUCAGACACUCAAAGUUUAUCAAAGAACAGCUACACCAUAAAUUCAGACCUUAGCUACUCAAAAGAGGAAUCAAUAGCACCAGAGCUGAAAGAAGCCAUUGCCUAUAUAAACCAUAUUGGGCAUUCAAAACAUUUGUAAUUUAUGAUUUUCAAUUUUAA